AGCUAAGUGUAAAAGCGCGGUUCUUUCAAAUUAUGUGGUCGAUGUUCAUCGAUAUUUGUUGAUUAAGUUAAUCGCGCUGCAAUCGGUAAUAAAUAAAACGUAUUGAGGUUUCGAUGUUGUUUCACAUCACCAGCACGCAUUUGGUCUAAAAGAAGUAAAAAGUACGAAAAUUUAUAAGAAAGAGAAACAAAAAACGGAAGCUCAAGCAAACGCAGCAGCCGCGAGCAGCGCAAAGCUCGUAUCUAUGCUUCGGCAGUUUGAUGCGCCCGUGUCUUAUAUGCGACAACAACAGCAGCAGUAACAGCUACAUCAACAUUAAAAGAAAUAAGAGCAAGUAGAUCAUAUUAAACGGAACAAUACGCCCACAAACGUGUACGUGCACUUGAACGCCAACAAGGCAGAAACAGUCAUGCCACUGGCUGACUCUAAUAGGGAUAUAAGACAGCUACAGCAGCACCAACAGCAAGUUGAAGUUAACAGCUGCAGCAACAGCAAUAACAACAAUGCUGAGCACGUACAGCGGGAUAAUGCAUGUGCUGCAGCAGCAACUGCAACAACGGCAACAUGUACAGCAACAACAACAAAGACAACAACAGCAGCGGCAACAACAAUGGGUUUGCAGCUACGGCAACGCAUGCAGAUUACUUCCUCCGGCUGUAGUAGUCUCGCGGUGACACCGAUGGAGCAUACGCCAACCGAUGAGGACAGCGGCGCUGUGACAACAGUAACGUCAUCACAGCGCCGUCAACAACAACAACAGCAGCAGCAGCAACAACAGCAACAACAGUUGCAAGCUGCACUUGAACAACACCACAUAACACCAAGCAAAAAUCCCGAGCAGAUGGAGCUGAGCGACUCGGAAUCGUAUGGUGCAGCGAGUUACGAUGAAUUUGAGCUGCGCGAAGUAGUCAAAGAGGGUCACGAUAAAGCGGAUCCUUCGCAAUUUGAGCUGUUGCGUGUACUUGGCGAGGGCAGCUUUGGCAAGGUAUUUUUGGUACGAAAGAUUCUGGGCAAAGAUGCGGGCACUCUUUACGCCAUGAAGGUCCUGAAGAAGGCCACACUCAAAGUUAAGGAUCGCGUGCGUAGCACAAACGAACGUAAAAUUCUUGCUGAUGUGGGUCACGCGUUCAUCGUGCGCCUGCACUAUGCGUUCCAAACCCCUGGUAAAUUGUAUUUGAUACUCGAUUUUCUACGUGGAGGUGAUUUGUUUACGCGACUCUCCAAGGAGGUCAUGUUUACCGAGGAGGAUGUCAAGUUUUACUUGGCCGAACUGGCAUUGGCGCUCAAUCAUCUGCACACCCUGGGGAUCAUUUAUCGCGACUUGAAGCCAGAGAACAUUCUUCUCGAUGAGCACGGGCACAUUGCUCUGACUGACUUUGGUCUGUCGAAACAACCACUGGAUGGUUCCAAGACGUAUAGCUUCUGUGGCACCGUUGAAUACAUGGCUCCCGAGAUUGUCAAUCGCAAAGGUCAUGACUUUGCUGCGGACUGGUGGUCAUUCGGUGUUCUUAUGUACGAAAUGCUAACGGGAAAUUUGCCUUUUCAUGGCCAGACACGCCAAGAGACCAUGAAUCAGAUAUUGCGCUCCAAGCUAGGCAUGCCCGAGAAUCUUUCACCAGAGGCACAGUCCUUACUGCGUGCGCUCUUCAAGCGGAAUCCAUUGAAUCGACUCGGUGCUGGCGCGCAAGGCAUCCUAGACAUUAAAGCGCAUUGUUUCUUUGCCACCAUCGAUUGGGUGCGUCUGGAACGUAAAUUAGUGCGUCCACCAUUUAUACCGGCGGUCAGUCGUGAUGAUGCCUUCUACUUUGAUGUGGAGUACACUUCCAAGUCGCCGCGCGAUUCACCCGGUGGUCCAAUAUCCGCAUCUGCACACGAAAUCUUUCGCGGCUUUAGCUUCGUAGCACCCAUGCUGCUAGAGGAUAACACGAAUAUUAGUGGCUCCAAUAACGUAAGUCCCAUGCAUGCUGCUCUAUCGACUUCUUCAGUGCCAUCAGUGGUGGUGGCGCCUGGGCCACGCAGCUUACCUGGUGUCCUGCCUGGCAAUUUUCUAUUCGAAUAUAAUUUGCUGCAUGAAUUAGGACGUGGCACGUUCUCUGUGUGUCGCCUGUGCGAGCAUCGCGCCUCCAAAAAGCACUACGCUGUGAAGAUCAUCGAAAAGGCUGCCGUAGCAUCCGCAGCAUCCUCUGCUACAGUGGAUUGCUGGGAGGAGGUAGAGAUAAUGCUACGCUACGGCAAUCAUCCGAAUAUUGUGACGCUCUAUUCGGUGUACGAGGAUAUCAGCUCCGCGUAUCUGGUGAUGGAGCUGCUCAAGGGCGGCGAACUGCUCGAUCGCAUCCUGGCAGUUGGCCAAAUGUGCGAGAGUGAAGCUAGUGCAGUCUUGCGCACGAUUGCCGCGGCAGUCGCGUAUCUGCACGAGCACGGAGUCGUACAUCGGGAUCUGAAGCCUUCGAAUAUGAUCUACUCGAGCAUGCGACAAACGCCUGAAACGCUUAAGCUCUGCGAUUUAGGUUUCGCGAAGCAACUGCGCGCUGACAACGGCCUUUUGAUGACGCCCUGCUAUACAGCUAACUUUGUGGCACCGGAAGUGCUGAAGAGGCAAGGAUAUGAUUUGGCUUGUGACAUUUGGUCAUUGGGUGUGCUGCUUUAUAUUAUGCUAUCAGGGCGGACGCCGUUUGCCAGCACGCCAAAUGACUCGCCGGAUGUAAUAUUGAAACGAAUUGGAUCAGGACACAUUGAUUUUAGCAGCACUCGCUGGUCGUUGAUCAGUGCGCCAGUUAAGGAUUUAUUACGUCAGAUGUUACACAUUGUACCCGAAAAUCGACCAACAGUGGCACAGAUCAUAGAACACAGUUGGGUGCGGGAUCAGUUUUCUGGCAAUGUGCAGCUUACAGAAUUUGCACAGAAUGCGACUAGCGGCUCUUCGCAGCAAUUGUCAUUGGAAGCACAACAGCAGCAACAGAACCAUAUUUCGAUGGCGCUACGAGGUGCUGUGGAUGCAACUUUUCGCGCUAUUGCCAUACCGCAAGCAGCUAAUGUAGGACCAGUAGAGCUGUCGAUGCUGGCCAAGCGGCGAGCCAAAGAUCGCGCAAAUUUGCAUUUCUAAUUGUCAGCAGGUUUGUGCCUGUGACACCAGGCCAAGCGGCAACUAAUUCAAUAAAAAUAUACUCUGAAUAGAAUUCUGAUCCGUUGCCGGGCAUUUCCGUAAUGGCGUUAAGAAUAGCAUGUCACCAUAAAUCCACACCAAGAGCAGCAUAAAAAUAAUUGUAGUUUAGAGCAGCAGAUUUGCCCCACCAAGCUGCGUUUGGCCUAAGUUUAAGUACAUUGGCAAGGAAAAUGAUAUUGCGGCAGUGCCGUCCCUUCCACUCUCAAUCUAUCCCUCUCUUACAUUAUGUUAUGUCUCUGUCUAUGUCGUAUCUUCUAUGCAACACUUUUUUAACUAAUAAUUUAA